ACGGGGAAAAAAGCGCAGUGAGGAUGACUUGGCAUUUCAGCACUAGACCCUCAAGGAUUUCCAUAUAAAACAUAAAAACCUUGGAAAUUCUUCAGUCACGAAAAAUCCUCGGUUCAAAACACUCGAGUAUUAUAGUGGCGAUAUUCAAAAUAGUUGAAUCUAAAUAUUCAAGAUGACUAUUUUGCUGAUUUUAUUUUGUGUGCUGCUUGCUAUUUUCUUUUUCAUCAAGUUAACUUUGCGACCACACAAUUUUCCACCAGGUCCUAGAGGAGUGCCGUUGCUUGGCUAUGCGCCAUUGAUGCCCAAAAAAGAACCCAUUUUCAAAGUGAUGCAAAAAUUGGCUAAAACGUACGGACCGGUGACUGGGUUUUAUUUGGUACCAACUCAGCCGUUUAUUUCGGUUGUCGGAACACAGGCUGUCAAAGAAGCCUUGCAAAAUAACGAUCUCAACGGCAGACCUUCCGGUGCCAUGCUAAAAACUAGAACAUUUGGGGAAAGACUAGGUCUAGUGUUUGUCGAUGGCAAUUUUUGGCAGGAACAACGGAGAUUUACACUUCGUCAUUUACGUGAUCUUGGGUUCGGCAAAACAUCGAUCGAGGAUCAGAUGAUGGAAGAAAUUAACGAACUGAUUUCGGAUGUUACUGAAGCUUCUCAAUCUGAUCCCGAACACGUGGUAGAUUUCAGAUUAAUUUUCACGGUGUCAGUGAUCAAUAUUUUGUGGGCAAUCGUCGGAGGGAAAAGAUAUCGCCGGGACGAUCCUGAGUUUAAGAAAAUAUUGGACAAUAUCGAUCAGUUUGUCCGAGCUGGCAAUGCUGUGGCUGGUAAUUUACCUGUUCCAGCCUUCCUCAUUCGGUUUUUCCCAUCUCUACCGAGACGUCUUGGAUUGAAUACUCAUUUGUUUAUUCCUAUACAAAAACUAAUUCAGGACACUAUUGACGAACAUGUAUCCACGAGAUCAAAGGGAGAUGCCCCUCGUGCUUUCAUCGAUGUCUACUUGGACGAAAUGGAGGAACAAUCGAAAAAGGAUUCUUCUUCUACCUUUGGAAGAAAGCAGCUAGUAGGAAUAGUUCAGGAUCUUUUCGCUGCAGGAUCCCACACUUCUUCUAGUACCAUUGGAUUUGCGGUUCUCUACCUGAUUCAUUAUCCAACAAUCCAAAAGAAGAUGCAUGACGAGCUGGACAAUGUCUGUGGAGAUUCUCUGCCGUCCCUAGCACAUCGAUCACGACUGCCCUACACUGAAGCUGUUUUGAUGGAAGUAAUGAGGAUUGCCAGCAUCACUCCACUGGCUGUUCCUCAUUGUGCCAUGAAGGAUACACAACUUCAAGGUUUCACCAUUCCUAAGGGAAGCGUUCUUGCCAUCAAUCUGGACUCAGCUUUCAAAGAUCCAACUGCAUGGGAAGAGCCGGAAACUUUCCGGCCAGAACGUCACUUGGAUCAAGAAGGAAAACUGAUUAAAAAUGACGCUUACAUUCCCUUUGGUCUUGGCAAACGAGUAUGUUUGGGUGAGCCGUUGGCUAGAAAUACGGUAUUCCUUUUCAUGGCGUCACUAGUAAAAACGUUCGAGUUCAAAUCUCUGCCAAACCAACCGCCGCCGACAUUGGAACCCGCAAUGGGAUUAGUUUCAGGACCCCAACCUUUCAAAGCUGUCGUCAUUCCACGCGCUCCUUAAUAGUUCGACGAUGAAAGUUUAAACACGGAGAGUAAUUCAAGAGCUUUUGUUUGAAACAAAAUACUAUACCCCCCUCCACUGGUACACAUUUCGCAAUAUUAACUGCUGCUCAAUUGAAAUAGCGGUUCCUAAACGCCAUCAGUAAAUAAGGUUUCUGUUUAUUAUUGCUUGGUGCGUUCUUGAAUGUAAUUUGUAAGGACUUUUAUUAUUUCGCCUUGGAUGAACAUUGACCUUGCUUUGUCAUCUAGUACGUUGGAAGUACAUGGAACCAACGAAA